AUGUUCUUAACCGUAUUUUUCUUUUCGUUUGUAUCUUUCUCCAAAGAUUACGCAAUGAAUCUGAUCUUCAUCACAGUUACUGUCGUCAUCUGCUGUGCCACCCUCACGAAAGCUUUUAACACAACAAACUCCACCAACUCCAGCCUCCAAACAAAUAGCACAAAUAACAACACAACACCACUUACGACACUGUAUAUCGGAGCGUUUUUUGACCUCACAGACAAAAACGGCUAUGGAGCUUUACCAAUGGCACUUCAGGCCAUAGAGGAAAUCAAUAACAACCCAAGUGUGUUGCCAGGAUACCAACUUGAGUUAGCUGUCAAAUCAACACAGGUAAAGUGCAAAAAUAUCUAAGAUAAAGUUGUUGUUGCGUCGAUAUAGACAGUCUAGUAUACACUUGAUCGCACAAACUUUGACUCCUAAAAAACGUUGGCAAUGAACGAUGAGGCUCAACGGUUUUAAAUAGCACAUAUGUACAUGAUUUAUACAAUUUGUUGCACGGGGUAAAUGAUGAAAACCAUCCACGCCUUCUUAAUAGAUAAAAUUGAUUUUAUAACUGUGCAAAAAUUUCCCAUAAAGCCAUUGGGACCCAUCGUUUAUGGAUUAAACGGGUAGCUAUUUUCCAUGCACUUCAAUUACAUAAUUUUCGGAUCACGAUCCUUUAUUUUUUCAAAAGAAUCUAAAAAUUGUCUUAUGCUAAAUCAAAGCAUUCAAAUCUUUGUACUGCAACUCCCUUUUUAACUGCAAGCUGAACAUUUACAUAUAAAUCUGUCUGUCUUUGAUUGUGGUUAUAAAAAGUCUCAUAAUACCCUCUGACACGUUUGCAUAUUCGCAUCAACUGUUUCCUGAAAAUGCUUUGAUUCUUUGCUGACAAGUCAUUAGUAAAUCGCUUUUGAGAGUUGAAGGGUGAUAUUUCUCACUGCUGCCUUGAUCAUUAUUGUAGGAAGGAGAAAGUAAAAGGAUUACGGAGAGAAAAUUCAGCUUGAUCAUAAAACAAACACUGCCGUGUAUUCUAUGAUCCUUCACUACAAGAAAAAUAAAAAUCUUUUUUCAAGCUUGGGAAAGAUCGAUUUUAAAUUUAUAAGGGAAAGCUGUUAAGUAUUGCUUACAUGCAUGUCCGUGAAUGAAGUAAUAAAGUGAUAAUCACGCAAGCAUAUUUCACACUUGCUAAAUCGAGGAUUUUGUUCUGCCAAAGGGAAGUUUCGGAAUUGGCCAGAAAGCUUUCAACGAAUUUCUGAACGCAGGACCGACCAAAAUCAUGUUACUGGGACCGGGGGAAGAUUCCUUGGCCAAAUCUAUAGCUGCGUACUCUGGAAUACCGGAUAUCAACCUCCUCCAGGUCUGUAUGUAACAGUAAAUUUUACUUUCUUUUGAUCUAACGUGCUGUAUCUAUUCAGGAUUGUGGAAAAUGACACUGCCGUUUAGAUGGUGAAUAACUAGAGUACUGUAAUUCAGGCGUCAUCUUGAAUUGAGGAAUGGUGACUGAAAACGGUGAAACAUUUGUCAAGAGCUCGAGACAACCAAUAUGGUCCCCUGUGAAAGGGAGUACCUCUUAUCAUACCUCAAAGCUAAUAAGGUACUUGUUUUUACCUCAAUUCGCAGUUUUCCUAUGGAACAAGCGAUCUUGAGCUUGAAAACAGGAGAGACUUGUACCCAAACUUUUUUCGGACAAAAACAUCUCCCACUUCAUUAGAUGUACCAAGAAUAAAAUUUAUCAAAGAGUAUGGAUGGGACGAGGUUGGAAUUAUUUAUGGAGACAGCGAGAGGUAUUUUCAGGUAAAUAUGCAAAAACUGUGUCCUUAAACAAGGCUUUUGGCCUUCAAUGUACCUCUCUCCACCCUGCUGAAGUAUAAAAAUAGAAAUGAAGAUUAGAUUUAAGAACUUUCACUUUACAACAUUAGAAGUACAUAUGAUAUAUCGCGGAUCGAAUAUUGAAUUUUCAUAACAUCUUCAUUGUAAGUAGGCAAAUGAACUGUUAUCGUACCAUAUUUUUUCUAGCUUUCCAAUCAACUGGCAAGCUCAUUAAAGGGAAGCAACAUUAAAGUUUUAGCAGAAGUACGGUUACAAGCUAAUGAUCCUACACGGGCUAUCCGCACGAUGAAGGUAAGAGGUAAAAUUGUCGAGUCUAAUCGGUGGAGAAUUUCAGCUCUGCAUUAUCUGGGAGUAUUAUGCAAAUGUUCUUCAUUUUUUUAACAAGGCUAGGUUUUCCUCAACUCUAAUAAAAACUUCAGAUGCAAAAAUCUAAACAAAAGAAAAACCCAUGGCUAUGGUUCAUGUUGUGGGAUUUGACGAUUAUUCCGGAAGUGAGAGAGUUAAAAAUUCAUUGCUGCUGAAUUUAUAAAGAAAGUUUCCACGUAAAGAUAUUUCUUCAACGAAAUAUGUCACACAAAUGUCCAUUGUUCUCUCAGGAUAGAGGAAUUCACGUUAUUCUUGGCAUGUUUUCGCUUGAUUCCACCGCACGAAAAAUGUUUUGCGAGGUAAGUCUAAAUUCGUUAUGUAAACAUUUGACAGGUUCCUACACUUAGCUUUUACUUUUCCCCCACCUAUUAAUGCCCUCCUUCUUGAAUUCUCAUUCCGUCCCCGGACGAAAAAAAGCGCGAAAGUCAACCACAUGUAGCUCCGAUUUUAAUUUAGUCAAGUUUACUUGAUACGUCGCUGAUAGAUGCCGCCACAAAUCAGUAUAUCAGGAUCAAAGUGAUAAAUCUUUAUAGGGUAAUUGAUUUGGUAUUAUUAGCUGAAUUGAUAACGUAAAUUGGCCACCGUAAAGAGUUUCAAAGCUGACGUUUCGAGUGUUAGCCCUUCGUCACAGCAAAACUGACGAGGGGCUAGAAACGUCAUCUCUGAAACUCUUUACGGUGGCCAAUUUACGUUAUCGACUCAGUUGAUAUUACCAAAUUACUCUGUUAUACUCUCCCGCCGACGCAGCACCACAGUUUCUUUAGAAACCUGCACCGUUUAUUCAUUGAUCAAUCCUCACGUCAACUAUAAUUGAUUAAUCAAAGGUCGUAGUACAUGUACCGAAGUGUAAACCAAUCUGAGCCAAGAAUCGAUUCAAUGGGUCUUAAAACUCUGAAUCACGUUUUUGGUACAAAACAAUAAAAUCUCAACUUGUUAUCUGAUCGCCGAUAUUCACGAGACUGCGGUGCCUGUUAAACGUCAAAUUCAAACUGUCGGUCUGCACAAUUGCGGAGUGAAGGAGUGCGAAUAAUGAGAGUUUUAAUCUAUAGUAGGUUAUAAGGGGAUUGUUAACUGCUUUACAGGAAGAAAAAAAUUAAAACGUGUCACUACAUAGCAAAAGUGAGUGCAAAGUUUUUAAUUUGUGCUUUAUGUGAAAAAAAAAAAACUUUCGAAGGGGAAGCCGCGGCUUCAGUGAAAACUUAGCGGUAAUUUGACUGAUAUGUUCUUCACAUGACUCACAGGCUCAUCGUGCACGGAUGUACGGUCCACAUUAUGUAUGGAUUCUUACAAACAGCAAAAAUAACAACUGGUGGAUACCGAAAAAAGGAGAAAGCAUCGCUUGUUCGGACUUGGAAAUGAAAUGUCAAAUACAGAACCACUUUUCAUUUUAUCAUACUAACGUAGUGUCAUUGCAAAAAACCUUUUACUCCUAUGCCAACAAGGUAUGUGACUAAGCUGAUAAUUUUUAUUAUUAUUUCUUUGCAAUACAAACAAUAACUCAAGUUAUAUCACAUACCCCAACCAAUCAAAGGCACUCUUGAAUUUCAGGAAUUAUAAAACUGAUACUAUUACCCCUCACCCCUACCCCCCCCCCCCCCCCCCCCCCUACCCCCUACCCCCCCCCCCUACCCCCCCCCUACCCCUUCCUCCUCUUUCCAGGAACAUGACCUUUCUACAAUCUAACUUUACCUGCUCUUAGGUUAUCUGCCGCUGUCAAAUACAGUUAUUACAGAACACAGUUUUUAAGAUUACUUGUCACUGAUUAUUAAUAGCCCACGAGCAAACUAUAUGUGACACGUGCUGCGGCUCUGAGGGUAAAGCCGCGCGAUAAAAGUUGGCGAGGGAGGCCACAAUCCAAACUGGGUCGCUUCGAUAGCUGGGUAGUCAUUCAUAGCAUGCACAUUUCCUUUUCAAAUUUCUAUGAGCGUGCCAAUUUGUUUUGUACGGUCUAUUUUACAGAACAAGAGUCAAAUAAUCAACGAUUAUCGAGCAAGAGUGGACAACCACAACGAUACAUCAAAUCGAAGUAAUCAGUACUUAAAUGUUUAUGAUGCACUGUGGUCGAUCGGUUUUGUGCUGCAUAACUCUAGACCAGAGAUCAAAACACAAGGAAAAGCUCUGGAAAAUCUGACAUAUGGUGAUGCUAAUGCAACAGACGUUUUCGGAAGUGGGCAUUAG